CCUAGAUAAGAGGAGCUGGAGCAGGGCAACAGCAGCCAGUGCUGCUGAGUAGAGCCCCAGCCCAGGGAGGAGAGCUGCCUCUACCCUCUGUCUUCUCAGAUCAGCACCUGCACUGAUUGUGCUAGAAAAGACUGUCUGUCUCUGUCCUGUGUCUGUCUCUAUCUGUCUCUCUGUCUGUCUCUGUGUCUCUCUCGUUCUCUGUCUCUCUCCCAACGAGGAUGUCCACUGAGAUGAUGACCACUGAGCCAGUGCAGCCUCUGGAGCUUCCAGAAGACAUCUUGGUCAAGCUGGAUCCUCACUGCAGCCACUCAGAUGAGGUUUCUGACCAGUUCAUAAAGGAUUGUGACCUCAAAAAGAAGCCAAGAAAGGGGAAGAAUGUACAGGCUACUCUAAAUGUUGAGUCAGACCAGAAGAAACCCAGAAGGAAAGAUACACCCGCACUGCACAUCCCACCUUUCAUACCAGGUGUGAUUUCAGAACACUUAAUUAAAAGAUAUGAUGUCCAAGAGAGAGCUCCAAAGGGCAAGACAGGCCCAGCUCUUCAUAACACUGACACAGAACAGAAAAGGCCAAGGAGAAAAGACACACCUGCCUUCCACAUGCCUCCCUUUGUUGCAGGUUUGACUCUGCUUGGAGAUGAGAGCCCCAGAGUGAUUAUGGAAGAUGAAGAAAUGGAGGGUGACAAGAUCACUAUUUAAAGAUACCUCCCCCGAGAUCGUGUGUAAAUAGGUUAGCUUGGUUCCCUAUGGUGACCUAGAGGGAAAAAAUAGAUUUGUCUCUGCUCUCAUUUUGUCCUAGUCUGACUCUAAGAUCUAGAUGCCUCCUCUCUAGGAGACUUACAAGUCAGGCUGCCGAUCACCUGCUCCUCUUUCCUCGUGAGUUGCUUUCCAGCUCCACUUCUCAAACUUUCAUUUUUCCGUGCAGUAAGAAGGAAAGUAAUUUUUUUUUUAAGUAAGAGAAGUGAGAGUUCAGCUCUCAGUGUCUGCAAGCAAAGAACACAGAUCAAGGGGCCCUUUCCUCCUGGCUUAGUAGUGGGAAGAGUCUGACUCAGUACGAACCAUGCCAGCGUCCAGCAGGGCCACUGUUCCCAGCUAGACUGGUGAGAAGAUUUGGUCUCUAAUCGAUAGAAUGUUCUUAUGAAAUGGUUUUUCAUUUCUUCCUUCCUACCAUGAGAGUCCAACUGUGGCCACACUCAGAAGACCCUCAUUACAGAUGCUAUAAAAGUUCACAAAGAGACAGCAGCCCACCAGGCCAUAGCAGAAAACAUCAGAGACAGAGAAUGGUGGUCUAUGUAGGAAGUCUGAUAUUUUAUUGUUAAAAAUGAGAGUUCCUAACUAUAUUGCUUGUCUUGACAUUUGUGAACUGUGUCAUAAGUGAGUCAUCCCUAAUAGUAGGUAAAUAAAUACCAAUGACUGUAAGGAAUUUAUUUUUAAAAAAUUUAAAGGCCAGUUGAAGGUUGUUCUGAUAUUUUCAGCAUCUCAUUUCUUUAGACUCAAUACACUUUCUUGUAUAGGAGAUGGUGUUGACUGGUGAACAUGGCUGUGCAUUUAGCUACUGUGCAGCUGGCAAUCGCUGAGUGUCUGUGGGGGCCUUGCAUAUGGACUUCCCCUAUCAGACAGCAGACAGGGCAAAGGCAAGGAAUAUUACAGGGGAGAAAAGCAGAGGAUCUAACGUUCAGACCAAGAGAGGGAGCAUGGGACAGUUCCGUACAUACUUGAGCUCCAGCUGUCAGCCUUACUGUCUUUCUGUCCCCCUUACGAAGGUGUAAAAGAUACAAUACAUUUCAGAAAUAAAGACACUUCUG